CAUGCACCAAGUAAAGUACACCUACGUGUACUUGCAAGGUAUCCUCCAACUAGCGAUAGCCCGCAUAUCAGGUACCACUCUUCAUCACAUUCACACAGUCACGCAGUCACGCAGUCGCCCACCCGUUUCUCACUAGUCAUAUUAAAGAAUGAUGUUUUGUCUCAGCUCGUCUUCCCAAAAACCUUUUCUCCUCCUUCCCUCCCCUGUAUAUGCGAAAUACCCAGACUUUCCCUAGUCCCUUAGCAAGAAACGAGCAAAACAAGUUCAACCUAGAGUUGAUACCUACCACUCUCUCAUAAGGUUUUCUCAAUCAUUAAUACAUAUAUUGGAACUUAAUAUCUAAAAUAAACUUAUCUCAGUCCCGACCCCUCUAACAAAAGGGUUAUUGGAACUCUAUAUAUAUAAUAGACUCUCGGUUAUAGAUACAUACCCCGCAGCCCCUACAAUUAUCGUAGGUCGCGCGGAUCACGAGUUUUGGGGAACUCCGCUUAAUCUUUUUGUGGCGACGCGCGAGAAAGUCGCCUCAGUACAAUACGUCAAAGUUUAAAACUACCUACCUAGGAACUAGGUAGAAGCUAGGUUUCUGCGCUCGCAAAAUCCUCGGGCCCCCCCUUCCCACAAAUGUCUCUGCACGUCGACGAUUCCGCGCGGCGGGGUCGCGACUCGAGCAGCGACCGGCGGCGCUCGGCGCGCGGCAGCAGCCCCUCGCUGCUCGACGCCGUGCGCAUGCCCUCGCCGCCGGCGGGCUUCAGCUACGACGACGAGGGGCCGCGCCGCGAGCGCGCCGUCUCGUACCGCGUGGGCUCGCCGACCGAGGAGUCGAGCCACUGGGCGGACCCGCGGCGCAAGAGCGUCGAGCGCGUGUCGUCAUCAGCAUCGGCUUCCUCGUCGCGCGGGAACAGGGACAUGGUCGAGGCCGCGCAGGACGCACUGCGCCGCGGCGCCGAAACUUUCCUGCCCGCCAAGUACGCGAGCAAGCUGAGGGAGACCGAGGACGAGAAGGCGAUGAAGAAGGAGCGCAAGAAGGAGAAGCUGGAAGACGAUUUGGCUUACGGAACCGCGGUGGUGACCGCGCCGGCUCCGCCGCCGGCCAAGUACCACUCCCCGACUUCGUCGUCGAGUAGGGUGCGUUACGAUAUGCCUGGCGGAUGGGAGGAUGAUAAGGAGAGGCUGAGGUACCCGCGUGUGGACACGUCGUAUGCGCCGCCACUGCCGGAUAGGCCCGGGAAGCGCGAUUCGUAUGGCAGGGAUCCUAGGGCUUCGGGCCCGAGAAUCAUGACUGCUGAGCCGGGUUUGACUCCGGGCUUUGGGGGAAGGAGAGAGCACUUGCCUCUGCAGCCUGAGCGGACGUCGUCGUUGACUGUGAAUACGGGACACCACUCUGCCAUGUCACUGUCGAACGCGCCCGCCUCACCACUCCUAGAGUCAUAUUAUGGUACUUACCAGUCUAUGUCACCGAUGCCUUCGCCUUUACUUCUCGCGCAGGAAAGCCCGAGAAAUUCGGACUAUAUUGAACCGCUUUCACCUAGUCUCUCGGAUGGCGAAAGUAAUAACGGCGAGAAGAAGCGACGUCGCGCUCGUUUUAACGACCCUGUCGACGAUGCGGCGCGUCUAGCGAAAGCGCUCAAGGGAGAGCACUCGCCCCCCGAUACCGAACCUCUAAUAGAAAUCCUACCUGGAAUGACGCACGACCAAAUCAUGGAGUUGCGCGUCGAGUACAAGCGGCUUGUCAAGACCGGCGCCGAGCGCAAAGGCGUCAACAUCGCGAAACACAUCCGUGCGCGCCUAAAGGACGAAGACCCCACUCUUAUGAAAGCAUGUUAUACCGUCGCGCUCGGCAAGUGGGAGUCGGAGGCGUAUUGGGCCAAUUUUUGGUAUCACGGGGACAAGACGCGGCGCGAGCUGUUGAUCGAAAGCCUGAUGGGGCGCUCGAACUACGAGAUCGCGCAGAUCAAGGAAGCCUUCUCCGACAAGAAGUACCGCGACUCGCUCACGCUGUGCAUGAAGACUGAGCUCAAAGAGGACAAGUUCAAGCGCGCGGUGCUCAUGGUGCUCGACGAGAAGCGGAUGGAGGACAUAGACGAGUAUGGGCGGCCACGUGCUGUUGAUCGUGAUCUCGUGCAGGACGACGUCGAGGCCCUCUAUAAGGCCGUGCGAAGCGAUAGGGGUGGCGAGUCGGCUAUGAUUCAGAUCGUGGUUUCGCGCAGCGACAACCAUAUGAAAGAAGUUCUGAGGCUGUACGAGAAGGUUGUCGGAAGUAAUUUCGCUCGCGACGCGCUUAAGAAGAGCGGAAACCUUGUUGGCGAACUCCUAGCGCAUAUCCUUAACGGCGUAAUCAAUAAGCCAGUGCGCGACGCGCUGCUAUUACACCAUGCGCUCACGGCCAGCAGGAAAGACCACCUGCGGCGCGAGCUCCUCAUCUCGCGACUAGUACGGUUCCACUGGGACAGGCACCACAUGGCUGCGAUCAAGCGGGCGUACCGUGAGCGCUACGGCGAGGAGCUAUCGGAAGCGGUUAAAGAGGGCACUAGCGGCGAGUGGGGGCUGUUCUGCGAGCAGCUAGUCGUCACGCGCAUGCCGGACGACGUCAAGAGCUUCGAGAAAGUGGACGCGGUGCGCGAGAUCAGGCGCUCGGAAGAGAGGGAGCGGGAACGCGAUAGAGAGGAGAGGCUUAGAGAGCGAGAACGGGAGAUGGAUCGCGAAAGCGAUAAGGAAAGGGGGAGAGAAGAGAGGCACAGGCGCCGGAAGGAGGAGAGAGAAGACAAAGAUAGGAAGGACAAGAAAGAAAGGAGGAGGGAGAAGGAGAAGGAGAAGGAUAGGAGUGAGGGGUUGCUUGUGGUCAAAGAUAGCAAGCAUAGGGAUCGGAGUCGUAGUCGCGAGAGGAGUAGGAGUCAGAGACGGGAGUAAUUGGAUUUUGGUGUGAUGGAUUUCAAUGUGAAUGGUGCGGAUGAGGGUCAACGGGUGAGGAUUGGGUAGGAGGGUGGUGUAGGAAGGAUAUUUUACACCUAUAACCAACUACAAAAAUUUGAUACCUAUUUCAUAUACACCGCGCCGAUGAGAUGGGCGGGUUUCCUAUCCAUUUUUCCGUCCUCUUCCAUAAAC